UGGCCCUGGGGGCAGUGGCAUGGGUGCUAGGGGUGCGCCCAAAUGCCGAUGUCAUCCACUUCGGGCGGCCCCAUCCGCGACUGUGCAUCCAACCUCUCCAGCUCGAUCCUCAAGGGCAUAGCACAGCACAGCACAGCACCACGCGCCGCAUUGCAUUGAGAGCCGCCUUUCUUUCUCCGACCUCGCCGCGCUGCCAGGGAAGCUUCUUAGAAGCUUGAUCGCCGCAUGCGCUCGCUGAUGGAGCAACAAGCCAUGGCGAAUUCCUGAUUGCCCGCUGCAGACUCGGCCGCCACGACAAACCUUGUCUUGGGGCCGCGUCCUGUCCGCGUGCCCCCCGACACGUUAAGGCGCCUUUCAGAAUUGAUAUCGGAGAGGCUUAAACUAUACUAUGGAGCGGCCGCCUUCGCCACUGCCGCUGGCGCCCCCGCCGCGUAGUGACGAUGCAGCGCCUCCUUCAAAUCCCAAUCCCAAUCCCAAUCGGCCAUGGGCACCCACUCGCAAACGAAGCGCCUCAGGCGCCGCCGGCCUCCUCUCUAAGAUCCCCUUCAUGCGCUCCUCAGCCGAGCAUCUCCGUCCUCGAUCCCGCCGUAGCGCUGACGGCAACGAGUCGGCCGUCUCCGUCCAGCAGCAGCAGCAGCAGCCCACCUUUCCCCCCACACCUUCUUUCCGCACAAUUCCCGCUGACGCUCGCUCCCACGCCCACGCCUACGCUCACGUCGGGAACGGCACCGCCGCUGCCGAGCCCCCUCCCGUUGCUCUUGCCGUCCUCCAGCAGCAGAAGACGCGCCGCCGCCGCGGCUCCCUGCGCAAAGUCGCCUUGCUUGGCCGCGGUGCCCAGCGCGAGAGACGAGAGGGCCGCGCCUUGGCCAUUGACACCAGAUAUCAUCAGCUGGAUGGGACCCUUGCAGUGGGUCAAGAAGAGAUUGCUACGGGACCAGGCGUCGUCGUCUCGAGCCUGAAUCCAUUCACUGCGUUCGACAAGAACGGUUUCCCCGUGGGCUUUGACGACGGAGACGGGGCCCUAGGCCUAGGUAUCUCUGACAUCACGCCCCGCCCGAGUAUGGACGGGUAUGCUAGUCGAUCCGCUGCCGCCGCCGCAUUGAAUCAAGGUACCACCCCGGCCGCUCUUUCAGUACCCACAGUGGUGGCAAACACGCUGCCAGACAUUGCUGCUGCGACUGAUUCGUCCGUCACGAGUUCGAGCGUCAGCUAUAGCACAACUGACGACGAAGACGGCCUGCACAUGUCGCGCACUGGUAGUAACGGCGGUGGCGGACCCGGCAGCUCCUCGCGUCCCUCCACAAAUCCCUCUUUAUCUUUAUCCUCAUCGCCCAGCACAAGCAUCCUAAGACCCGAGCGGGCGUCACUCUCCUCCGGCUCCGAGGGCUACUUCCCAACACUGCAACACACACACACACACGCACACCCGCGCCCGCUAGGGCUAAGCAGCGGCUCCACGGGCGGCGGUGGAUCAGUCGCACUUACUUCCAUGCAGCGGCGCCGCAACACCAUCCAGCGCGCCAAGUCUCCCCUGGCGCUGACGAGCCUGGCCGGACUCUCAACAACGCCGCUGCCCCCGCCCGACGCCGACUGGGAUUAUUCCGAGACCGAGUGGUGGGGCUGGGUCGUCCUAGUGGUGACGUGGACCGUCUUCGUCACGGGCAUGGGGUCCUGCCUCGGCGUCUGGACCUGGGCCUGGGACGUCGGCACUACCCCCUACGCGCCCCCCGAGCUGGAGAACGACCCGACCCUGCCCAUCGUCGGCUACUACCCCGCCCUGCUGAUCCUGACGGGCGUCAUGGCUUGGGUGUGGGUCGUAGUCGCCUGGGUGGGCAUGAAGUAUUUCAGGCACGCCCGUGUGAACGGGGACUAAAACACAGCCGAUCACCCAUUGCGUGUGAAAUACGGACUCAUCCGUUGUAUAUAUCAAUAUUGCCGUCUAUACAUGAUACGUGUAUAUAUAUAUCUCUUCUUCGGUGG